AUGCGUUCGACCGGCUUCCUUACUGCCCUUCUUGGGCUCUCUGGGUCAGCAAUAUCGGCCAAUACAUUUAACCGACCUCCAUCUGGUGGCAUCAAGGGCGAUUUCCGGGACAACCCGACUUACAAAGAGGGUGAACGAGUCGAAUUCCUAUGGGAUACUGACCUUGCAUAUGUCGAUGUUGUGAUCUGGCAAAGAUUCCCUUUACCAACCACGGCUACCGACGGAGUCACGUAUUUCAAUGAGCCUAUGCUUCAGAACUCUACUAGGAUGAGCUAUGAAUGGACGGCCGUUUUUGGAGGUGCCACCCCUCCUACUGGCGAAAGCUCAGUGUUCUGGCUCGCAAUGUACGACGCCUUAUCCAAUUCUACGAAAGUGACGGCCGAAUCUCACUACUUUAACGUCUCACGAGCCACGGGAGCGACAACAACCACAUCAUCAUCAUUGUCGACGGUGGCCUCAUCAACCAGUGCUGCUGCCAGCUCCGAUGCCUCGAGUGCUUCCGCUACGAAUGACGACGCUUCACAAAGCCAAAAGUCCGGAUUGUCUACAGGUGCGGUCGCGGGAAUAGCUGUAGGGUCGACUAUAGCUGGCAUCGCGAUCAUUGCCGCGUGUGCUUUCUUUCUCUGGAGGCAUUUACAGGCUAAGAAGCUUGCCGCUGCUCCGGGAACUCCCAUGGCAAAGGCUGAACCUCUUCCUGAGCUCGGAGAGUUUGGGGCAGGCAACUCGGAUGCGCAUUCGCAAGCACCACCGCAUUAUGUUCAACAUCAGAACACCCCACAGUUGAAUGAACUACCCUCGCCUGCACGAUAUGAGGCUCCGUAA